CAGAUGUGCGUUCAAUUCGCUUGAACGUUUGCUACGUUGCGGAAUGGUUUGUACUGAAUUGACACGUUUCCCCAAAAUGCGGGGGUGUAUUCAUUACGCUGAUUCUGUUGCUAAACGCUUCGUCUGUUAAGCGUUUUGUAACAGAAACCGUUUACUCCAAACAGCUCUAUUUAGUUAUUAAACUGAAGUUGUUGUUCAGUCCUGUCUCUCCUCAAAAAAUAAGCAAGAAGUUGGAAGGAACCCUGUGGACUUCACAUGGAAGAAUUUAUCAUUUAUGCGCAGCUUGUGCCAAUAACGUCGGACUAUUCAGAUUGGAAAGGCAACGUGUGGAAACCAUACCCACUUUAAAGAGCGUUUGAGUAAAUGGUAUAUUUUGCGAAACUUUUGCAACAGAAUUUGCGUAAUGAAUACACCCUUGUUACUUCAUCCGGAAACAUGGAGGCUGUCGUCUGUGAUGUUGUUUCACCAGAGGAUCUCUUGAAAUUUGAGAAGAAGUAUUCUACAGAGUUGGCUAAAGGGGAUUUGACCAAAGACACAAAGUUUGAGUAUGCGUGGUGUCUGAUCAGGAGCAAAUUCCCAGAUGACAUCAAUAAGGGCAUCGUUCUGCUGGAUGAGCUGGUUCACAAGGGUACCAAGGAUGACCAGAGGGACUACUUGUUUUACCUGGCUAUUGGAAACUACAAACUGAAGGAGUAUGAGAGGGGCCUGAAAUGCAUCCGGAUCCUCCUGAAGAAUGAACCAGGGAACACGCAAGCUCUGGAUCUGGAGAAGCUCAUAGUGAAGGCCAUGAGGAAAGGCGCAGCAGCACACUGCCCUCCAAAGACUGCAAAAAAAUCGCCGGACUGCCCCUUUCCUUGCUCUGCAUGGAACAUCCAGUGUCACAUCCUUGGUGACGUGUGGGGUGACAUCCGGGAUGACCACAGCAACAUCCUCUGGAAAGGGAAAAAGAGGGACAGAAUGUAAGCAAAUGCAAACCGUAGGUUCUAAACACUGGCCAGUUGAAAGGUUCUACUAAGAUGUCAUGACAAACGGCACCUGUCAGAGUGCUCUCUAAGUGUUACUCACCUGCUUGGAUGUUAGCUGGCAGAGGGGCGAAGACGGCCAUCGUGAGAGUCCUUUCUUCAGGUGUGACGUCAACUACCUCCAAGAGGGAAGAGAUGGGCUCUGCCUCUGUGUAAGUGGUGAUGUCCAGAACAUUCAGGUGGGAAGAAGCGUGGUCUGCCACUGUGUUAGGAGUGAUGUCUUUAACCUCCAGGUGGGAAGAAGCCUGGUCUGCCUCUGUAUUAGCUGUGAUGUCCACAACCUCCAGGUGGGAAGAAGCCUGGUCUGCCUCUGUAUUAGCGGUGAUGUCCACAAACUCCAGGUGGGAAGAAGCCUGGUCUGCCUCUGUAUUAGCGGUGAUGUCCACAACCUCCAGGUGGGAAGAAGCCUGGUCUGCCUCUGUGUUAGGGGUGAUUACCACAACCUCCAGGUGGGAAGAAGCCUGGUCUGCGUCUGUGUUAUGGGUGACAACCACAAUCCUGAUGAGUUCUAUUACUACAAGUCACCAAGAUGUCAUCAGAACAGGCAUCUGUCAGAGUGCUCUCUAUCAUUGCUACUCACCUGCUUGGAUGUCAGCUGGUAGUGUGGUGGAGACGGCCACCGCGAGGACAGGGGGGACUGGUAGGGUGGCUGCAGGGGGCUGGAAGCAGCCCUGCACCUCGUCCGCCACAAAGGCACAGACAGAGCUCAUAUAAAAAGGGCUCUGGAGGUCAUCCGUGGAGAAGGACUGACUGAUUCUCCCGAGGAUCGACCGCACAGAGUCAAAAGCAGCAGCCCGGGAGAAAGGGAUGUGAGGGGAAGGGUCUUUUAACAUGCAGGAGAGCUUCUCCACUACGGCCGCCACCAUGCCCACGGCCAUCCCGCUUGUAAGGAUUGGGUGCUCUGAAUGGCCUUCCUCUGGCUGAAGCCACAGGGCCAGGAGGAGCCUGGGCACCACCUCCACCACCACCUGAGAUGGGCUGAGCAGGUUGCUACGGGGCUCAUUGGACUGCUCGCCCAGAAUGCUCCUCACAGCUCUCUCCACGAUGCUGUGGACCUUAGGAUCGCUGAAAUCAACAAAAAGGAGAAGACAAAGCUAAACGAUGUGCAAUGUUCUCACAUAGAACACUGUCUUAGUCUUUUUCUGCGUAGUUACAGAUAUGUAGAUAAAUGGAUCAAGUCAUAUGCAGGGCAGUACAUGGAACUCACAUGUCAGCUGGCGAGGUGGGGUGCAUGAAGCGGCGGAGCUUGCAGAAAGCCUCGUGCUCUAUGUCCAUCAUUUUUAGGCAAGUGUUUACUUCCCAGGCCUGCAGUAUGAAACAGGAAGUCCCAUUAGUGUAAUUUCACAACAGAUCUAUCCUGCUGUGCUAACUAGUUGUUGAAAGGCUAUUAAAGAGCUCACUAACUUGUAGUAUGUCUCUAACUCUCAUUCUCUUACCAGCCGAGCGAGGUCGUUUCCCUCCUCCAGGGUUUCCUUCCACACCCUUCAAAUAAAACACAGAGCAAUUCAACUAUCCUGGCUCCUGAUUUUUCUGUUGUUUAUUUUACCCACACCUCCUGGAGUGCUGCUGGUGGCAGGGAAUGGCAGUGAGGGUGAGUGCUGACGUGGUACUCACCUCUCCCUAAGGGAUUUUUUGCCCUGAGACACCAGCCAGUUGCUCAUGUGCUCCGUGGUGACAUGGGGCGGGACCUGGCCUUGACUCUGGAGCAGCAGAUAGUGGACCAUGAGCUUCUUCUGCAAGAUGAGGUAUGGUGUGAGACCGUGCCACGAAAUACCAUAUCAUGUGCUUUCAGAAGGGCCUCUCGCAACAUUUCACAACUGCUCAUGCCUGACAAUUUGCAAGUGAUAUUAAGAACUCUUAUGACCAACUUCUCUAAACUGUCUUGAAAUACAACUCUCUUUCUGUUGUUUAUGUUUUUGUGGGAUGAAUCUUACCUGUUUAUUGUAAUAUGUUUCCUCCCAGCAGGCCUGCAGAGUCUGAAAAUAAAUGCUGCUUCUACAGAAUUCCUUUGAAGAUAAUGAAAAUAAUUAUGCUUUGUUAUGCACAUUAUGCACAGGCAUUUACAGUAUGCUAAAAUUCAUUUCUCCUAAGAUUACCUUUGUGGGACCAUAAGUGAACUCCGGAAUGCACCAAACCCUAUCCAUGGUAAGAUGGGGAAGAAAUGCAGCGCUAUAGAUAUACGGGAUGCUCUAGAGAUAACAGGAAUGACUUAAAGUCGUGAAUGAUCAAUGACUGUGGAGUCGUCCAAUAUGCUGCACUUAGAAUUGAGUUGUAGGCUACGUUUGGCACAAAAUAGAAUGUCUACGUUCUAUUGCCAUGGAGAAAUGGAAUGUGUAGAACCUGUAUAAUUGGGUAUGCUUCUAUGUCUUUAUUUCGUGAAAGAUUAAGCUCUUUAUUAUGUCAUAAUGUGUAUAUCAUCUACUGCAUCUUGCCAUCUUUAUGUAAUACAUGUAUCACUAGCCACUUUAAACUAUGCCACUUUAU